UUAAAUCACUGUAAAUUUUGAUAUAUUAUUAAAGUUAAGCCAACGCGGAUUUCGCAUAGAGCAUUUAUGUGAGGAAUAUAAUAUAUGCAUCAUAUAAAUAGAAGUUGAACCAAGACGGCUUUCAUUUUCUAAUUAAGACUUUCAAGAGGUUGUUCCUUAUGGAGAUAAAGGAACUCCUCCGCUUCGUGUCUUUAAUUGCUAUUGUCCAUUUGAGCAAUACAAUUUUAACACGGAAACCUGGUGAUGUCCGGAAUAUUCUGUUUACUACACCUCUCACCACGAAUAGGGUUGAGGAGUUACUCCAGAGGGCGCGAGAGGUCAGUUUUCGACAAAGGAGGCAAUACAAUGAGACUAGAAAAACAAAUGGCAGAAUGACCUCUCGGUGUCUAUUUUCACUCCAUCACGGCACAUAUAGAUCUGGACACACUAAAGAUUAUACUAAAGCUACGGAUAUGUUACGGACGAUGAGAAGUCUAAUGUUUGAAGAUGGUUAUAGUCCAGAAUAUCUGCAGACGAAAGCUGCAAUGUGGACAUUUGAAAGAGUACAAGGUUUUGAAUGUGAUCUACCAAACCCAGGAUUUUGUGAUUUCACUAGCAGGUACAGAACCCCAGAUGGAUCUUGCAACAAUAUAGUCAAUCCCCGCUGGGGCAUGGCUGGGAUGAUUCAAAGGAGAAUUGUGAAAAGUGCUUAUGAUGACACGUUUGGUUUACCUAGGAGAAGAGGGGUCAAUAAUGUUGCACUCCCUGAACCGCGGCAUAUUAGCAACGCAGUUCAUUUUAAUCCAGGUUCUGACAAGAAGCUAAGCUAUGAAAACAAACUUUACUUUGCAAAAAGUCAGUUCACAAAUCACGACGUCUACAUGACACCUAAAAGUAAGAUCGAUGAUUGCUGCGAGCAUGGGGAUGGGUGGGGAUGGGCUGGGGAUGGGCUUGGGAGAAGAAAUAUAGAUAUUGCGAUAUGA